GCUAACGAAAGAGAGAGUUCGUCGAAGAGUCGUUGGCAGUCGCUGGGGAUGUCAUCGCCUCCAUGUGGACGCAGGAGUCAUGAGGGGUCAACUCACACAUCAGACAGCGAUUCAGAGGACGAGCCCAAGCUCCCCCUCAACCAGUUCUAUCCAUACAUCCGCUGCGCCCUGUGCUGCGGCUUCCUCAUCGAUGCCACCACCAUCACAGAGUGCCUGCACACAUUUUGUAAAAGCUGCAUUGUGAAGCACUUCUUCUACAGCAACAGGUGUCCCACAUGCAGCAUUGUUGUCCACCAGACACAGCCCCUUUACAACAUCAGGCUGGACAGACAACUGCAGGAUAUUGUUUACAAAAUGGUUCCCUUCUUGGAGGAGCUUGAACGAGAGAGAAUGUGUAACUUCUACAAAGAGAGAGGGCUGGAGGUGCCAAAACCAGUAAUGAUCACCUCUCCAGGUCCUGUUGUGUCAAAGAGGCAGAAGAAAGAUAACAUUCCUCAGUCUGUGUUCACCAUCCCCCCUGAGCUGGAUAUAUCUCUGCUGCUGGAGUUUGUAGGGGCUGAAGAAGGCAUUAACAACUAUAAGCCAUUAGAGAGGCCGUAUGUCCGUGUGUCUGGUGAGGCCACGAUCCGCCACGUGGAGUUGUUCAUCAGGAGGAAGAUGGAGCUUAGCCCAACCUGCCAGGUGGACGUGGUUUGUGGAGAUCACCUCCUCGAUCACUACCAGUCACUCAAAGACAUACAGAACUCUUUGGGUGAAGAGGCGCUGCAGGACGGUCUGUUGGUGCUUCACUUCGGUCUGGUCCUGCCCUCCGAGUCUUGAGCAGUUACCUCCUGAGGGAAUGAACUGUCUUGUUAGACUUUGAUUCUCUUCAUCAGACUCAUGAUGUGGAGUAAAGUGUCUACAUUUGCAUUAUAACUGCUUCCUGACUGUCUUGGAUGUGUUGAUAGACCACGUCCAAGAACUCUAAACUCUGAAACACUGUAGCAUCAAAUGUUCAACUCUAAAGAUGACAGGUACAUACGUUUGAUUUACCGAAGUGCCAGCAUUUAAAAAUGAAUUUUACCUGACAAGUGGAAAUGAUAAAUUUCUGUUCCUACUGCCAUGAUCAGUGUGGUUCCAGUCCACAAGAAUGUGACUUCUACACUUCUGCUGUUGCUUAAACUGGACUUUACUGUUAGUGAGUGUGGAAGUGUCUGUAAAGGCAACACAAGCUGCAUCAGUCUAGUUUAACUCUCUUUUUAUAAACCAGGGACCUGUUUCUUAUUUGUUUGUAUUUAUGAUUUCAAGUGUUGACUGUGAUUUCAGAUAGAUACUUCUGAUCUAAAGGGCUUGAAACAAAAGGACUACCACUACCAAAGCUGUGUGUGUGUGUGUGUGUGUGUGUGUGUGUGUGUGUGUGUGUGUGUGUGUGUGUGUGUGUGUGUGUGUGUGUGUGUGUGUGUGUGCGUGUGCGUGCGCGCGCGUGCACAUGCGUGUGUACGAGCUUAGAUUUGCAUAGUAUCUUUAAGUCCAGCUUGCUUCUUGGUGAUCUACACAUUUAAUUUAAGGGCUAUUAACUUUUCUAUAGAGCGUCUGCUCGUGUAAUUUAAUACAACUGACUUGAUAAAUAUUAGCUGGCAGUACAACUCAGAGUCAAAAACAUUAAUUUAUAGGGUGUGUGUAUA